CGAAACCACCACAGCCGCGUGGUCUCCGACUCCCCUCCCCUACCCUACCCACGCCCACCGAUCUGAUCCACCUCGCCCCUCCCCUCCUCUCCUUGCCCGCCUCGGCCUCCGGGCUCCGGCGAUGGCGGCGGGGAACGGCCGGAUGGAGGCGGCGCUGGGCUGCCUCGCGGCGCUCCCCGACGAGGUGCUCUGCGCCGUCGUCGACCUCCUCCCGCCCACCGACGUCGGCCGCCUCGCCUGCGUCAGCAGUGUCAUGUACAUACUUUGCAAUGAGGAGCCUCUCUGGAUGAGCAAGUGUCUUUCAGUUGGGGGUCUUCUUGUGUAUAGAGGUUCUUGGAAGAAAACAGCAUUGUCUAGACUUAAUCUUUGUUCAGAAAAUGAUGAGAUUUACCAGAAGCCUCGCCAUUUUGAUGGGUUCAAUUCCAUGCACUUAUACAGGAGAUGGUACAGAUGUUUUACUAAUUUGAGUAGCUUUUCCUUUGAUAAUGGGCACGUUGAAAGGAAAGAUGACCUUUCUCUAGACCAAUUUCGCGCUCAGUAUGAUGGAAAAUGUCCAGUUUUGCUUACUAAACUGGCUGAAACCUGGCCAGCAAGGACUAAAUGGACAGCGCAGCAACUGACACAUGAUUAUGGUGAAGUUCCCUUUAGGAUAUCUCAGAGAAGCCCUCAAAAGAUAAAAAUGAAACUAAAAGAUUAUGUUUUUUACAUGGAACUCCAGCAUGACGAAGAUCCACUUUACAUAUUUGAUGAUAAGUUUGGAGAAUCAGCACCUACACUAUUGGAAGAUUACAGUGUCCCUCAUCUAUUUCAAGAAGAUUUCUUUGAAAUCAUGGAUUACGACCAACGACCAGCUUUCAGAUGGCUUAUUAUUGGACCAGAGAGAUCAGGUGCUUCUUGGCAUGUUGAUCCAGGGUUGACCAGUGCCUGGAAUACUCUUCUUUGUGGCCGAAAAAGGUGGGCAAUGUACCCUCCUGGAAGAGUACCAGGUGGUGUCACAGUACAUGUCAGUGAUGAAGAUGGUGAUGUUGACAUUGAAACUCCUACAUCUUUGCAGUGGUGGCUAGAUAUCUACCCAAAUCUUGCUGAGCAUGAGAAACCACUGGAAUGCACACAAUUACCAGGAGAGACCAUAUUUGUUCCUAGUGGGUGGUGGCAUUGUGUUUUGAACCUUGACAUGACAAUUGCUGUCACGCAAAAUUUUGUCAACCAAUCAAAUUUUAAGCAUGUAUGUUUGGACAUGGCACCUGGUUACUGUCACAAAGGAGUUUGCCGUGCUGGCUUACUUGCUGCUCCAGACAAAUCUAUUAGAGAUAUUGAAAAUCUUCCUAGUAUAACGAGUAGAUUGAACCACUCUGACAUGGCCUGUAAGGAAAAAAGACUGAAAAGUUCAGAGCCUAUAAGAACUUCAAAUAAUGCAAAUCAGUGUUCUGCAUUUGAGUUCUCAGAUGUUCAUGAAAACUUGGGGGACCAAGUUUUUUCGUAUGAUAUAGAUUUCUUAUCCCAAUUCCUUGAGAAAGAAAAGGAUCACUAUUCUUCUGUCUGGAGCCCUACUAAUUCAAUUGGCCAGAGAGAAGCAAGAGAAUGGCUACGUAGGCUAUGGGUUCUUAAACCUGAAUUGAGAGAACUAAUAUGGAAGGGUGCAUGUCUAGCAAUUAAUGUAGACAAGUGGUAUUCAUGCUUAGAGGAAAUAAGUGCAUGCCAUAGUUUACCACCACCUUCUGAAGAUGAGAAGCUUCCUGUUGGCACAGGUAGCAACCCAGUCUUCAUUGUUUCUGGCAAUGUGAUCAAAAUUUAUGCUGAAGGAGGGUUGGGUUAUUCUAUACAUGGUUUGGGCACAGAGCUUGAGUUCUAUGAUCUUCUGCAAAAACUUGGCUCGCCAUUGAUCAACCAUGUCCCUGAGAUCAUUGCAAGUGGCUUUCUUGUGUACCUGGAUGGUGUCUACAAGACAGUUCCAUGGGAUGGAAACGGAAUACCAGAUGUUCUAGCUAAAUACUACUCUUUGGAGGUGUCUUAUGCAAACGGCUCUUUUCCUCUUGGAUUAUGGAGCAAGCAACUGUUUGGAUUGAGUAAUUCAACUGAUGCUCCAGACAGACCAAUUUGUCCUUACAUGGUUACCAGAAAAUGCAAAGGGGAUAUUUUUGCUCGCAUACGUGAUAAAUUGACCAAGACUGAUGUUUUGAAUCUUGCAUCAUCCUUGGGAGUUCAAAUGCGAAAUAUUCAUCAAUUACCCCUUCCACAUGUGGAACACAUAUCCAAAUCUGGGAACGAAGAUAUCAAAGCAAAGGAAAAUUCAAUUUCUGAUGUCACUCAUGUUCCGCCUGAAUGGAAACAAGUAGUUUCUACUCUAGACAGGAGAAAGAAAAGUAUAAAGAAGCAUCUAAGUAACUGGGGUGGUUCAAUUCCACAGGUUCUAAUUGAGAAGGCUGAAGAAUAUCUCCCUGACGACAUCCGCUUUCUUAUCAAGUUUGUUAAGGACGAUGAUGGUGAUUCAGUCUAUGUGGUACCUUCUUGGAUACAUUCAGAUAUAAUGGAUGAUAACAUUCUCAUUGAGGGGACCACAGAACCAGGAACUUCCACUGAUUGCAUUGCCGUUGAAGAUCUGAACAAAAUGGAUGCAAUUCAUAUCAUUGAUUUCAGUGAUCUGUCCAUUGGGGAUCCUCUAUGUGACUUAAUUCCACUGCACUUGGAUGUAUUCCGUGGUGAUAUUGAUCUUCUCAGGCAGUUUUUACGAAGCUAUCAGCUUCCUUUUCUGAGAGCAGAAUCAAAUAAAGAUAUAUACAAGUCAAUACAAAAUUCUAAAUUCAGCAGGGCAUCGUAUCGUGCGAUGUGCUACUGCAUACUUCACGAGGACAACGUCCUGGGAGCCAUAUUUAGCCUGUGGAAGGAUCUGGGCACCGCGACGUCAUGGGAAGAUGUUGAACACUUGGUUUGGGGAGAGCUGAAUCAAUACCAGCAGUCAUGCAGCGUGGGCGAAAUUAACUGACGCGAUAGAGUUUUCCAUACUAAGAUAAAGGCACAAGAAAUUUGAUUUGUAACCUGAAACUGUACCACAAAGUAUACCAUCGAAACAGUGUAUUAUGUUACACUAACACAUGCUUGAUAUGCAAUAACAACGCAUCGAAAGGACAACUUCGUUCAGAUGCAACAUAUUGGAACAAACAUAUGUUACACCCUGUUAUUUUACAUUAAUACAAACUUGAUACUCCAUCCA